UUGAUCAACCGUUACAAACAUUGUCACAUCUUUUUUUUAACCAUUUUGAAUAUAUCUUAUUCACAAUUUCCUCUUACUUUGCCUUUGAUCUGAGGAAUUCCAGUCAUCCAAAAUAAUGUCAUCCAUACAAUUAUAUCGAUUUAUCGUCUUUUGGGCGACGUUUAUAUCGAUUACAUCUGCUAUUGAUAGUAGUAGUGAUGAUACAUCAUUAUCAUCGACGACUGCUGUGCCAUUAUUGUCAUCAUCAGGAUCAUCAUUAGCAUCGACAACGGUAUAUUCAACGCCCAAGGCAUCAUCGUACCGAAGUAAUCAUCAUCAACAAGAGCAGAAAAAACCAUGGCCAAUACAAUCUGGUCCGAUCAAUUAUUAUCAAUUGGUUAAAUCAUAUAAUUAUCCAUCUCCAUUACCAGCAACAUCGAAAUCAUCACCGAGUCAAUCAUCAUCGAUAUCAUCGCUAAUGUCAAAUAUAUUCAGUCCAUUCAAUAAAGUAAUGAGUCGCCGUGUUGCCGGAGGAAAAUUAUUCUCAUUAGUCGAUCAAUUUAAUAGUCAUGGAAACAGUAAUAAUGUUCUUGCUAAUGCUGCUGCUGCUGCUGCCGCUGGUUCUGGCCUUGAAUAUCCCGGUUCUGUUGGUAAUAUAGAAGCAUUAAAUGAAGCCGUAAAUAAUGUCAUGAUGGGAUUGAAUGGCUUACAACCGAAUCAAGCUAAUCAACUAGCCGGUCAAUUGGGAUCUUAUUUAUCAGCUGCUGCAGCAGCAAGUGGCAUCGAUGCUAGUACUAAGAAUGGAAAGAAAUUAUUUGAUUUUCCUAAGCAAUGGUAUAAAUUAUUAAAUGAAAAACUAUCUGGAGCAUCCGAAGCUGCAUAUUCUGCUACGGUACCUUUAAAAGAAUCCUUAAUGAAUACGGUGAAAUCAUUCUACAGUUAUAUUAAGCCAAGUCGAUCACAAUCAUCUUCACCAUUUGGUGACGCAACUAGUAUGAUAGCUGAAGCAGCUGCAGCAGCCGCAUCACAAGAUUCUUUGAUGACAGCGGCACAAAAUUCACUUACUUCUGGCCAAAACCAGAAUAAUCCAAAACGUCGUCAAUCCGAUUCAUAUUCUGGCUAUUAUUACAAUAAUAUUAAUCAUCCAGGUAAAAUGAUUGCAACAUCUCAACAACAGCAUUAUCAACAAGCAUAUGCUCCACAACAACUUCCAUCGGCUGCUGCUUAUCAGCAAUAUUCUAAUGGCAGAUAUGCUUCACAUAACGGUGAAUACUCACCACAAUCAUCCCUUGGUUAUUCAAACGUCAAAGCCCAACCAACACAUCAAACUUCUCCAGUUAAAUCGAUCAAUGGUGAAAUGAUUGUCAUGGAAUCACAGGUCAGUCCAUCAACCGUCCACAAUUUGAAAAAACAAUACAUUCAAUAUAUGGGCAAACAACCGAUCGCUGCCACAAUGAAUCAACCAGUGUUUCAGAUGCCAACACAAUCAUCUUCAUCAUCUUCGGAACAACAACAAUCGGCAGCAAAAUAUGAUCAAAUGUUAAGUCAAAUGAUUCAACAAUCUAUUAAACAAUCUCAACAACAAUUGUUGAAUACCAAUUCACCUGUCUCUUCCGCCUCUACUCCUGCUGCUGCUAUCGGUUCUAAACAUCCAAAUGCAUUGUAUCAAAAAUCAAAAGAAAUUAUUUCAAGAUUUACGAAAAAACGUAUUCCAUCACAAUCAUUACAGUCACAACAACAAUAUGCUGCAGCUACAUAUAAUUCGAUACCAAUGAUGAACGAAUACGGUGUAUUUGGACAAAGACUUCCAAGCCAAACGAUAGCAAAAGUUGCCAAUAAACUUCCAUCACUUCCAUUGGUAUAUAAUUCGAAUAGCCAACAACAACAACAACGACAACAACAACAAAAGACUACAUCGCAACAAAAUACCAAACAACUUCAGUUCAGUCAACAACAACAACAAUCAAAUCGUAUUGAAUCGACACAAAGUUUGCCAUCAUCAGUAGAAUCACAACAGCAAUCGAAAGCGAAGAAUUCUCAACAUAGUUACUAUACUCAACAACCAAUGAAUCAAAGUCCAUAUGGAAUUCAACCGGUAUAUCCACCUCCACAGCAACAACAACAGCAACAUACAUCACCACAAGUAAUACCAUCAUCAAGUUCAACGGUAUCACCAAUGAUUACUAGUACAUCGGUAUCAAUAUCAAUGCAUCAUUCUAUUAGUUCACAAUAUGAUGAUCAUGAUGCGGGCGAUCAAUAUGGUGAUAAUAUGGAACAACAACAACAGGUUCAAUAUCAGCCACCAUCAUCAACAAAUAUUGAUCAUUUAAAAAGCUAUUUAGAUGUUAAUAAUCAAAAUUCAAAUACCGGUAGUGAUAUAAGCGUACAGAAUAAUCAAGGAUCUGUAUAUUAUUAUUAUGAUCAACCACAACAAUAUCAACAACAACAACAACAACAACAACAACAAACACCAACAACAAUCAGACAAAUAUCAUCAACAUGGAAUUCAACAUAUGAUCAGAUUUAUGCAAUUUUAAUAGAAGAAUUGAUCAUCAUCAAACAACAACAACAACAACAACUUGCUAUAGCAAUCAAGCUAUGA